AUUGUAUCAGAUGUUGUUUUUUUCGUAUUCAAAGAUUUUCUACCGAAACAAUCAAAAUUUUGAAUUUUGAUUGAAUACUUUUCUUCCUUUUUUUUUUGUUUCUUUCUUAACAAUAACAUUGAAAAUAAAAAUAACAUUCUCACUACUACUUUUCAAGCAGUUUUACAAUAUUUAAUAUCAUUAUACAUAUUUAUUUCGUCUGCAGAAAACAAAAUCGAAUAACACGUUAAAAAGUAUUUAAAAUAUUAAACUGAAACAAUUAAAGAGAGAGAAAGAGAAAGAGAGAUAAGAGAGUUUGUGUUUAGUUUUAAACAGAAGAGUUCUACAAAAUAUGAACAAACAAUUAUUAGUGUUAUUUAAAUUGACCGGAAGGACACGCCUUAAUUUUUCACAACACACAGCUUCACCAAUUGCCCGAGUGGUUGGUGGAUCCGAUGUACCGAAAGGGAAAUAUCCAUAUCAGGUUCAUAUUGACUACUUUGGAUCUUUUGUUGGUGGCGGUAGUAUUCUUAAUGAACGGUAUAUCCUAACAGCAGCUCACUGCAUUUAUGGACGAAAAAUAAAAGGUCACGUGAUAGUGGCUGGUGUUAGUAAUUUAACCGAAAUUGGUAAUAAAUAUCUUGUUGAUGAAUUCAUCGUUCAUAAAGAUUUUGACACGAAAAAGAAGAUAAAUGAUAUAGCACUAAUUCGAUUGAGGGUUGACAUUAAAUUCACUGAUUCAAUAAAACCGAUAGCUUUGCCUAAUGUUGAUGUAGAAUAUUACAAUGGACAUGCCGUACUUACUGGUUGGGGUCAACUAGCUAGUAAUCGGCCAGUUGCAAAUAUUUUACAAGAAAUUGAAUUGAGCGUUAUUUCGUCUGAUAAAUGUCAGAAAUAUUUUAGUCAAAAUAUUGAGAAAACACAAAUUUGUACAUUAACAUAUGGAGGAAAGGGAGCUUGUAAUGGAGAUUCUGGAGGACCACUUUCCUCGAAUGGCACUCAAAUUGGAAUCGUCUCGUAUGGAAAACCAUGUGCUAAAGGCUAUCCCGAUGUUUAUACAAAAGUUUACGCUCAUCUUGAUUGGAUACAAAAAAAUAUUUUGGGCAUUUUGAAAAAAAAUUAACAUCAAUAAUUUUACCUUGAGGGUAAAUUUAAUUUUUUUUAUAGUAUUUCGAAUGAAUAUUUAAGGUACAAACGUUUAUAAAAAAAUUAUAAAACAAUUUUUUUAACAAUGUUAUAGACAAUUUUUAUAAAUAACA